AUGGUGCUGCUCUACGGCACCGCCCUCGCGGUGCUUCUCGGGGCGGCCCCCGCCUUGGCCGGCUCACUGAAAGAUAUCGAACAUGUCGUCAUCUUCAUGCAGGAAAACCGAUCAUGGGAUACAUACUUCGGGACGAUGGCCGGCGUGCGGGGCUUCAAUGACCCGAAUGUUCAAAUCAACAGUGACGGUCAAUCUGUCUGGUACCAACAAGUCGACUCGGACAUGUCCACCGAAACCAAGACCUUACUGCCUUGGUACCUGGGCUACAAGGGUGGCGACUGGACUGAUGCCAUUCAAUGUAUGGCCGCUGGAGACAACGGCUACCAGGAUAACCAGGCCGCCCUCAACCAGGGUCUGAACAACCACUGGGCCCGCAACAACACCCCAUGGAGCUGGGGUUAUUUCAAGCGAGCCGAUAUCCCCGUCCAAUUUGCUAUUGCUGAGGGCUGGACCUCCGGCGACAUGUACCAGGAAUCUCAAAUCACUUCCACCAAUCCUAACCGGGUCACCCUGGUCAGCGGCUCUGUAAAUGUCCCUGGCAGCCCCCAACAGUCCGAUGAGGGCGGAGUGUAUAUCGACAACAAUGAAGUGCCCGGCUGUGAUAGCAAUGGUAUCAACUGUUAUCCCCUCAAGUGGAAGACUGUCUAUGAGUUCUACGAGGAGGCUGGAGUCUCGUGGCAGCUAUAUCAAGACACCAACAACUUUGACGACAACCCCCUAGCCUGGUUCCAACAGUAUCAGAAAGCGGGCAAGAACACCCCCCUCGCGCAGAAAGGCAUGUCCUACGUCGGCCUGGAUGCCUUUUAUGCCGCCGCCGCCAAUGGUUCUCUGCCCGAGGUCAGCUUCAUCGUUGGUCCCACGGAGCUAUCAGAACACCCACCCUACCAGCCCAAGGAUGGUGGUUGGCUGCAAAAACAGGUUGUCGAUGCCGUUACCAGCAGCCCCAAGUAUUCAUCGACUCUUUUAAUGAUUAGCUUUGAUGAGACUGGUGGCUUUGGUGAUCAUGUCACUCCGUUCCACUCCCCCAAGGAUACUCCGGGAGAAUGGAUGCAAGACCCUUUGAAAUUAUUCGGCGACGUGUUUGUGGGACCUGGAUUCCGUGUUCCGUUCUACAUGAUCUCUCCCUGGACUCGUGGUAAUCGCGUCUUUACGGAGCGAGCCGACCACAACUCGCAGAUAUUGUUUGUUGAGCAGUGGCUUGCAGCCCGUGGGUACCAAGGCAUCCAGACUGACCAGAUGGUGUCCUGGCGCCGUCAGCACAUGUCGAACCUGGUCAACGCCCUGGAUCUUGACAACCCCGAUUACUCUAUUCCCAAUCUCCCUGAUGCGGAGACCCCGGUCACCAACAGCAAUGGUGACUACGUCGGCUCGGCCCAGUGCCAAUCCCGCCACACGACCCAACGCCCUCCGGUUCCCUACGGUGAGCAGAGUGACGUUGCCGAUGCCCUGUGGUUUGAGGACGGCUACAAGGAGGUCGUCGGCUACCUGACUGAGGGCCGAUACUUGGUCCUUGAGAAGGGCGGUUCGGCGCUGACCAACUCGGGCAAGCGCAACUAUGUGACCGUCAGCCCGGCCACCGAGAAACACGACGCCAAGUCCCAGCGCUGGGUAAUCCACUACACCGAAGACGAGGAGAGCGAAGUCUUCACCAUCUCCAGCGCCCUCGACGGCCGCUGGCUCGGCCCGCGCGGCGCACUGGUCGACAACGCCGACGACGCCGAGCCUGUGCGUAUCAACUUCCUCGGUAAUGGUCUGGGCUAUACACUACGUUAUGUCCAGAGUGGCCAGUACAUCGAUGUGGACCACAACGGUGCUCUCAAGCUGGCUGGUAUGCAGCAGGGUCCCGGUCUCGGCUACCAGAUCUUCAGCGUGACAUAUCACAAAUAG